UUUUGGUACAUGAAAUUCAUGUGUUCUGGCUGUUUUAUCUUUGCCUUUUGGUAGGCUGGAGAGUCAGAGGAUAGCUUGGACAGAAGAAAGAAGAAGCAAAGUAACUGAAGAUUAUCGUUGUCCGAAUUGUGCGGAGAAGGAGAUAUGGAGAAGGUUUCAUCAUCAAUGGAAGCUGGUGCCGCUGCUAAGAUAUCAUCAAUCUUCAUCUAUCCAAUCAAAUCAUGCCGUGGAAUUUCUGUACCUCAUGCACCCCUCACUCCUACUGGAUUUCGAUGGGAUAGGCAAUGGCUUGUUGUGAAUCAGAAAGGGAGAGCAUAUACUCAAAGGGUUGAACCAAAGCUUGCUCUAGUCCAGGUCGAACUGCCAAAUGAGGCCUUUUUGGAGGGUUGGGAACCUACCAAGGCCUCAUAUAUAGUAAUAAAAGCACCUGGAAUGGAUUUGCUCAAGGUUUCACUUAGUAAGCCACCAGCAAUAGCAGAUGGUGUUUCAGUCUGGGAGUGGUCUGGUUCUGCGUUGGAUGAGGGUGAUGAGGCUUCAAAAUGGUUUACGAAUUAUCUUGGGAAACCCAGUAGGCUAGUUCGUUUUAAUGCAGCAUCGGAAACUAGGCCUGUAGAUCCUGCAUAUGCUCAUGGGCAUAUUGUAAUGUUCUCUGACGGGUACCCAUUCAUGCUAUCAUCUCAGGAAUCAUUGGAUGCACUUAACAAGCUUCUGAAAGAGCCUGUACCAAUUAAUCGUUUUAGACCCAACAUCCUCGUUCAUGGUUGUGAACCGUUUUCUGAAGACUUAUGGACAGAGAUUAAAAUAAGCCAAUUUUCGUUUCAAGGUGUGAAACUAUGCUCCCGCUGUAAGAUACCUACAAUCAAUCAAGAAACCGCAAUUGCUGGCCCGGAGCCAAAUGACACUCUUAAGAAAGUCAGGUCGGAUAAGGUUUUGCGACCAGGCCGGAAACAUCAAGGGAAGAUCUACUUUGGGCAGAACUUGGUUUGCAAAGAAAGUCUUGCUGGAGGGAAGGGCAAGGUGAUUAAAGUGGGAGAUCCUGUUUUUGUGCUCCAGAAAGUCUCCUCUGCUGCUGAAGCAGCAGCUUGAAUGCUGAACGUUAUCUUGGACUUUCAACUCUGUUGUCUAAACAAUGAAACAGUUAGUGUUGGAUGCAUUGUUGUUAAAUUUGUUUCGGUAUUGGUCGUAGGUAUGUUCUAGUUAUGCCAAAAUAUGAUAAAUUUAAAGGUAAUAUUUCAUAUCGGACUUGGUAUCAAGUAAUAUCAGUUGUUUUUAUUUGUUUCGACUGAUUUUAGUGAAUUUUGGUGGAAUAGCUUAUUUCGACUAAUACAUAAAUAUAAAAU